AUGAACUGCGAAGAAGGGCUUCAGAGCUCCCAAAUUUGCAUUACUGCCAUUCAGUCAGGUGACUAUCUUCAAGCCAAAGAGUAUUAUGAACGCUCCUUAGAAAUGAACCUCAAAAAGUUCGACCCUGAGCACAUUGACGUAGCACACGCGUCCUAUGGCUUAGGCCUUGUACAAAGUGCCUUGGGUGAUUAUCAACUGGCCAGGAAGAACCUCGAACAUGCGUUAUUUCUCUACCUUAAAAAGUUUGGAACUAAGCACGUCACCGUCGCACGUACUAAUCACUAUUUAGGCCUUUUACAAAGCGCCCUGGGUGACCAUCGACAGGCUAGGGAGUAUCUUGAGCUUGCCCUAACCGCUCGUUUAGAAGUGCAUGGGCCAGAACACUUCGACGUAGCGAGUACUUACCACUUCUUAGGCGUUGUAAACAGGGACAUGGGUGAUCUUCGGAAGGCUAAGCAGAAUUUUGAACGUGCUUUGACAAUUUUGGAGCAAAAGCUGGAUUCAAACCAUGCUCAAGUAGGUCGUACUUUCUACUGCUUGGGUGUGGUGGAAAGCCAGAUGGGUGAACACAAACAAGCCAAAGAGCACCUCGAAAGCGCCUUGUCUAUUCGACUGAAAAUACUUGGACCUCAGCACCUAGAUGUCGCGUGUACUAAGUGCAGGUUAGGUGUUGUUCAGUAUUAUUUAGGUGACACGCUGCAAGCAAAAGAUAAUUUAGAGCGUGCUUUGGCAAUUCAGUUGAAAAGUGGGCCUGACCAUCUACAUGUUGCAAGCACUCGCUCUUGUUUGGGUGUCCUACACAGUAACUUGGGGGACCACCAGCAAGCCAGUGAGCACCUUCAACGGUCUCUUUCCAUUUAUCUUAAAAGGAAUGGGCCAGAGCACAUUUCAGUCGCCCGAAUAAAUUUAUUAUUGGGUCUUGCAAAGUACCGAUCAAGUGACCUUCAGAAGGCCAAGGAGCAUCUCCAGCAUUCCUUAUCCAUUAGCCUUAAGAAACUUGGACCAAAUCAUGUUGACAUCGGUCGUACCUGUCAUCUAUUGGGUCUUGUUUAUAGAGCGUUAGGUUGCCAUCAGCAUGCCAAGCAGCAAUACGAAAAUGCUUUUCCCAUUUUUUUGAAACAUUUGUUUCGCCCCCCUGAUUAUAUUCAUGACGCGCGCAAGCACCAUGGCUUGGGUAUUAUUAACGUUGCUUUUGGUGACCACUGGCAGGGCAAGCAACAUCUUGAACAAGCUCUACGUAUAUAUCUGAAAAAGCUUGGUCCGGAGUAUGUCGAAGUUGCUCGCACUUAUCACUGCUUGGGGCUUGUAGAUAACGCCUUGGGUCAACAUUGCCAGGCUAAGAGUCACCUAGAGCUUGCCCUAUCAACUCGUCUGAAAAGACUUGGACCUGAACACAUUGACGUCGCGAGUACUUAUCAUUUUCUGGGUGUGGUACACAGGAACCUGGAUGCAGAAAAUCAAGCCAAACAGCAUUUAGAAAGAGGACUUUCCAUUUAUCUGAAACAGUUGGGUCCUGACCACGUUCACGUUGCUCGUAGUUACCAUUGCCUAGGCAUAUUAGAAACCCACCUAGGUGACGGGCAAAAUGCCAAAGAUCAUUUUGAGCGUGCCUUAUUAAUUAGAAAGAAAAUGUUGGGUCCUGACAACCUUGAUGUUGCAUGCACUUACUGUGGAUUAGGACUUGCACAAAUUUCGUUGUAUAAUUUUCAGCAAGCAAAGGAAAGUCUUGGACAAGCGUUAUCAAUUAGGCGGCGAAAGCUUGGUCCAAAUGACCUUGAUGUUGCACGGACUUAUUCUGCAGUGGGUCUUGCGUUAAGUGCAACAGCUAAAGAUCAACUAGCCAAGGAAUACCUUCGACGCUCAUUAUCCAUUCGACUAAAAAAUCUUGGACCUCAGCACUUAGAUGUUGCCUCUAGCUAUUGCGACUUAGGUCUUGCUGAAAUUGCCGCGGGUGACCAUAUGCAAGCUACGGAGCAUUACCAGCAAGCCUUAUCUAUUCAACUGAAAAUACUUGGACCUGACCACCAAGAUGCGGCGCGUACUAUUUAUGGCAUGGGCCUUGCUCAGAGUGCUUUGGGGGCUCUUCAGCAGGCCAAAGACUACCUUGAAAGUGCUUUGUCUGUUCAACUGAAAAAAUGCGGAUCUUAUCACUUGGAUGUUGCCGCUACUUGCUCUGCCUUGGGGCUUUUACACUAUCGCCUGGAUGACCAUCAGCAAGCAAAAACACAUUUUGAACGUGUCUUGUCAAUUCAAAUAAAACAAUUCGGCACUGAUCACCUAGCAGUUUCAGGAACGUACGGCUUCUUAGGUCUUUUAGAGAGCCUCUUAGGCGAACACCAGCAGGCAAAGGAACAUCUUCAUAGUGCACUAGCUAUUGCAAAGAAAAAUGUUGGCUCGUAUAGUCUUUUACUAGCACGGAACUACUACUUCUCUGGCCUUGUACUGCACCGUCUGGGUGAUCUCCAGAAAGCCUCCGAUUAUCUCAAAAUUGCCUUAGCCAUUCGCCUCAAAAGGCUUGGAAGAGAUCAUGCGGAGGUAGCACGCACCUACAGUACUCUCGGUCUUGUGGAGCGAGCCUUGGGAAAUCAGCAACAAUCUAAGAUGCAUUAUGAAUAUGCCCAAUCUAUUGAAAGAAGAAAGCGAGGGGCAAAUCAUAUCAAUAUGGCAAGUGAUGUCGCUCUCGUAAAAGCACGUCGCUGCGAUGAUCACCGCUGA